GCAGGGCCUAACGGGGGCUGCGCGCCUGCGCGAGGGCGGCUUGCGGACGCGCGCGCGCGGUGGGGACUGCCUCUGCAGAGCGGAGAGCUGCGGCCGCCGAGCCGGACGUGUCAAAGAAGAUGGCGGGCCGGGUUAUGCAUGCCACAAGAUGUCCUACAGAUGAAUUAUCUUUAACUAACUGUGCAGUUGUGAAUGAAAAGGAUUUCCAGUCUGGACAGCAUGUGGUUGUGAGAACAUCUCCCAAUCACAGGUAUAUAUUUACUCUGAGGACCCAUGCAUCAGUGGUUCAAGGGAGCAUUGCAUUCAGCUUACCUCAGCGAAAAUGGGCUGGUCUUUCUAUUGGACAGGAAAUAGACGUGUCUUCAUAUACAUUUGACAAGGCCAAACAGUGUAUUGGUACAAUGACUAUUGAGAUUGAUUUUCUUCAGAAGAAAAGCAUUGACUCUAACCCUUAUGAUACUGAUAAGAUGGCAGCAGAAUUUAUCCAGCAGUUCAACAACCAAGCAUUCUCAGUGGGACAACAGCUUGUUUUUAACUUCAAUGAAAAGCUUUUUGGCUUAUUGGUAAAGGAUAUUGAAGCCAUGGAUCCUAGCAUUCUGAAGGGAGAGCCUGCAUCAGGUAAAAAGCAGAAGAUCGAAGUAGGACUGGUUGUGGGGAACAGUCAAGUUGCAUUUGAGAAAGCAGAAAAUUCAUCACUCAACCUUAUUGGCAAAGCUAAAACCAAGGAAAAUCGCCAGUCUAUCAUCAAUCCCGAUUGGAACUUUGAAAAAAUGGGAAUAGGAGGUCUGGACAAGGAAUUUUCAGAUAUUUUUCGACGAGCAUUUGCUUCUCGAGUAUUUCCCCCAGAGAUUGUGGAGCAGAUGGGUUGCAAGCAUGUUAAAGGCAUCCUGCUAUAUGGACCCCCAGGUUGUGGCAAAACUCUCUUGGCUCGACAGAUUGGAAAGAUGUUAAAUGCAAGAGAACCCAAAGUGGUCAAUGGGCCAGAAAUCCUUAACAAAUAUGUGGGAGAGUCAGAGGCUAACAUUCGUAAACUCUUUGCCGAUGCUGAAGAAGAACAAAGAAGGCUUGGUGCUAAUAGUGGUUUACACAUCAUCAUCUUUGAUGAAAUUGAUGCCAUCUGCAAGCAGAGAGGGAGCAUGGCUGGGAGCACGGGUGUUCACGACACUGUUGUCAACCAGUUGCUGUCCAAAAUUGAUGGCGUAGAGCAACUGAACAACAUCUUAGUCAUUGGCAUGACCAACAGACCAGAUCUGAUAGACGAGGCUCUCCUUCGACCUGGAAGACUGGAAGUUAAAAUGGAAAUAGGUUUACCAGAUGAGAAGGGGCGGCUUCAGAUCCUUCACAUUCACACAGCAAGGAUGAGAGGUCAUCAACUACUCUCUGAUGAUGUAGACAUUAAAGAACUGGCUGUAGAGACCAAGAACUUCAGUGGUGCUGAACUGGAGGGGCUGGUGCGAGCAGCUCAGUCCACUGCUAUGAAUAGACACAUAAAGGCCAGUACUAAAGUAGAAGUGGACAUGGAGAAAGCAGAGAGCCUGCAGGUGACCCGAGGAGACUUCCUUGCUUCUUUGGAGAAUGAUAUCAAGCCCGCAUUUGGUACAAACCAAGAAGAUUAUGCAAGUUACAUUAUGAAUGGUAUCAUCCAAUGGGGUGAUCCAGUUACUCGAGUUUUAGAAGAUGGAGAGUUGCUGGUUCAGCAGACUAAAAACAGUGACCGUACACCAUUGGUCAGCGUCCUCUUAGAAGGUCCUCCUCAUAGUGGGAAGACUGCUUUAGCUGCAAAGAUUGCAGAAGAAUCCAACUUCCCUUUCAUCAAGAUUUGUUCUCCCGAUAAGAUGAUUGGCUUUUCUGAGACUGCCAAGUGUCAGGCCAUGAAGAAGAUCUUUGAUGAUGCUUACAAAUCCCAGCUCAGUUGUGUGGUUGUGGAUGACAUUGAAAGACUGCUUGACUAUGUUCCCAUUGGACCUCGAUUUUCUAACCUGGUGUUACAGGCUCUUCUUGUGUUGCUGAAAAAAGCACCUCCUCAGGGUCGCAAGCUUCUCAUCAUUGGGACCACUAGCCGUAAAGAUGUCCUUCAGGAGAUGGAAAUGCUCGAUGCUUUCAGUACCACUAUCCACGUGCCCAACAUUGCCACAGGAGAGCAGUUGCUGGAGGCUUUGGAGCUUUUGGGCAACUUCAAGGAUAAGGAACGGGCCACAAUCGCCCAGCAAGUCAAAGGGAAAAAGGUCUGGAUAGGAAUCAAGAAGCUACUUAUGUUGAUUGAGAUGUCCCUCCAGAUGGAUGCUGAGUACCGUGUGAGAAAAUUCUUGGCCCUCUUACGAGAAGAAGGAGCUAGCCCCCUUGACAUUAAAACUGAGCUAUUUUAAAAUACAUAAUGACCAAGAGAAGUGACCGAACUGAAGAUGGCCUGGGAUCUUCACUCAACUUAUUCAAGAUACUGGACUUAGUGAAUGUUCCUGACCUUCAACAUGUGCUCACUCUGCAUGACUAGUGCAAUAAACUGCCCUCCUUAUGAUUAUUGAAGUGUUUUGUGGAAGUCCAAGUUUACUUUAGAAUGCUGUGCUUACCUUUCUGUGCAAGCUGAUUCUUUCUUCCUCUGCUUUUCAUUGUGGGAGAUAUACUGUACUUGUGAGCACUACAACUUUUAAGCUCCAUUACUACCACCUCUCACCCCAAAUGCUUGAUAAAUAUAUGAUAUGGAAAUAGGCCAUUAGAAGGGACAGUGUAAAUUAGUAAUAAUGAAUAGAAGUAAGGGUUGAAAGGGAUUAUUUUACAAUUGGAUAUUUGGUUAAAAGUGUCUCUCAGAAAACUGGUUACCAUGUUGGCUGUGAUAUCCCCUUAAUAUAAUUAGCUUACUCUGUGGUAAGAGGUAUACUCAUCACUGCCAUUUGGAAGAUGUUGUUAGAAACUUGUGAGAGAGAUGUGUGUAGGAAAUUACAUAUCCCUAACUAGAAAGGAGUUAUUAAAAUAAAGUCAUGGACAGACUUCUGAGAGUUAAUCAGUGUCCAAUCAAAAUGGAUCAAUUUCAUAGUUUAAUUUGCUAGUACUGCCACAUUUUCUUUUCUGUAACUUAAUGACUUAGAAUCUGUUCUUUCUUUGUUUCAGAUUACCUGCACUUUCUAGCAUUUAAGUAAAACACCGUUCUCUGGGGUGGUCGUGGGGAAUCAGCUAUGAGUCUGCUCCCCUCAACCCCUUAAUGUCCAUUCCAAUACAUGGAAUAUAUUUCCUUUACCUCCUACUUCUUCCAAAGGGAAGGAGAAUUGGGUAGUUUGUCUUAUGUCUGAAAGAAUAUGAUUAGGUAAUGAGACUUUAGGGAGCAUGCCAUUGUUCCCCCAGUUCUACUUGAAAUUUGAAGAGAUCAGAAAUCUUCUGAAGGUUGCUGGCCGCUGUCUGUGAGGCUUACUGUCCUUAGGUGUGGCUCUGUCCUUUUUCCCUGUGGUACAAACAGUUUAUCUAUAUAUCUUGGUAUCUAUUUUUGCUCAAUUUGUAUGUCAUAUCUGCUUUGGAGUUUUCACUCCUAGCUUAUUUUGUGGCUUUUUAAAAACUGGAUUGAUUGUACUGUAUAUUCUGUGAUUUGGUAGCUAGUAUUUGUUUUAAUUCUUGCCUCUUUUCUCUUCCCUGGAAGCAACACACAUUGUAUUAACUUUUAUCUCUUGUUGAGUGAGGUUAAUGUCUUUGUUCAAACUAUAUUGAAAAAAAUAAAUAUUAUAUUGUUUAAUGCAAAUGAAGGAAUGCAAUAAAGAGUAUACAUACUGGAAAACA